AUGCCGUUGUUAUUUGAUGCCAGCUUCGUCUUCCGGACUCAUAGUGAUACAGGCAGGCUUGUAUUCCUAGUGGCGGGGACAUCGCCGAACUACCCAGUUUGUUAUGCUGAUCCCCUGUACCCAUGCGAUCCACUCCAAGUGGCUUUCAGUUUUGCAGAUCAUUGGGUUUCUGUUCAUGGCUGCAAUGCAUCUUCAUCUAAAUCCAACUUCCGUUUCUCCACGAAUGCCACUGUCAACGCAUGGGUGGAAUAUCAUCUUCAUGGAGCUCCACACUCCGUCCGUGUUUAUGUUGCAGAGAAUACCAACUCUCGACCAAGCACAUCAAUCACCGAUUUCAGUUGUUCUAUCACUGGUGGCUACUUCUUCCAGGGGUUGCAAGCUCUUGAAACAAACGACAUAGUCACAGUUUCGUCUUGGUCAUUCUCAACUGCUGGUGCUGCCUCUGCUUCAAAAGACCUGAAUUUAUACUUCUUGGCGAUUGCAGGCCCAUUUGUGAUUGCUGGAGCAGCACUUUUGAUUUUUCGAACACGAAGAAGGCAGCUGAUGAAGAAGAAGGUGUUGCAGAGGUCGGCUUUGCUAGCUGCCAACAUUCCGAUAAACUGCACCUUCAAAGAGCUGCGAUCUGCAACAGCUGACUUCAAGGAAGUUCUAGGCAGAGGUGGAACCAGCACCGUCUACAAGGGGUUCCUGCAAAAUACACCAACAUCAAGGAUAGAAGUCGCAGUCAAAGACCUUCAAAGCAAUUCACCUGAUCAUGAGGCUGAGCAGCAGUUCCGGGAAGAACUCAACAUGAUCAGCAGGGUAAGGCACCAAAACCUGGUCGCGCUCCAAGGCUGGUGCCAUGAGCACGAUAAGCUCCUCCUCGUCUACGAAUGCAUGUCCAAAGGAAGCCUAGACAAGGUACUCUUCACAAGCGCUUCGGGUUCAACUAAUCCGCUAUCCUGGAACCAAAGAUUCAAUAUCAUCAGAUGUGUUGCAGAGGCGCUAAGAUACCUGCAUGAAGGGUUGGAGAAGCGGAUUGUUCACAGGGAUAUCAAAGCGGCAAAUGUCCUGCUGGAUGAAAGAAUGACUGCCAAGGUGGGGGACUUCGGCCUAGCCAGGUUGAUGCAGCACACAAUCGGCUCUCAAACGAUGACCAGGGCGGGAACAUUCGGUUAUAUCUCACCGGAGCUUGCUUAUAGUGGAAGAGCCACUGAAAAAUCCGACGUGUACAGUUUCGGGAUUCUUGUACUCGAAAUUGUUGCUGGAAGACGCGCUGUCGACCACAGGUUUGCUGGUGACACUAAGAUGGUGCUCUUGGAAUGGGCCGGAACAGUGAGUCAACCCGCAGAACUUGUUGAUCCAAGGAUCCAAGAUGGAAUUGAUAUGAAGCAGGUUGAGAGAAUAAUUCAAUUGGCCCUAAGAUGCUGCUCUUGGCAUUCGGAGGAGCGGCCGACGAUGAGGCUGUGCUGCCAAAUCUUGAGUGGUGAAUCAGAGCUGCCAAAUUUACCGCUUGCAGCAAACACAGACAUUGUCGUUACAAGAGCUGAGAUUCCCGAAGAUUACGAUUCGAAGUCUUCUUUGCACAGUGCAAGCAAUGCCUCUGACGAUGUCAACCUAAACAGAUUCCACGCGUGA